GGCGAAGAGCAAUUCGCCACCGUCACCGUAGUCGAGGACUUCGACCCCAGCACCCUCCUCCACGGCGACCCCUCCGCCCCACCACCACCAAAUCCACUCACCUCUACCUCCACCUCCACCUCCGCUUCCUCGCCCACCCAGAGCAAACCAAAACCAAAAACCCCCCAAGACACGCCCCACCCCCACCCCCACCCCCACCCCCACCCCCUCAAACCACGCACCAAAAACCCCAAAUACGGCACCAUCGCCGCGCGCAAAGCCGAAGCGUCUAAGCAGCGCAAGCGCAAAGUCGAAAAGGCCGAGCGCGCAGGCGGCAAGGCCUCCCGCACGAAGAACACAAAGAACACGAGGAACACCAAGAACACCAAGGGCAAGAAGCGCUGA